AUGACUAACUCAAACUCAUCAACAUCCUCUUCCCCACCAGCCACAUCAUUCACCGAGGUAUGCUCGAACGUGGCUAGUGCGAUCACCCAAUACUUCACCCCAACGGUGGUGGCCGAAGCCAAGGAAGCCACCGAGGAGGAGGAGGAGGAGGAGGAAGAUGAACCCGAAGAUCCUGCUCCAGCAAUCCGAGAGGAAUGUGCGGAAUCCAAGUGCUCGAAAUACAAGCGCCACUUUGAUCACUGCCAAGAACGAGUUUUAGGUGGCAAGGGUGACAAGGGAGAAGAUUGCGUGGAAGAGCUCUUUCACUUGAUGCAUUGCGUUGAUGAAUGUGCUACCCCGCAAGUUUUUAGCAAAUCAGUUUAG